UUCCACAUAAUGUUAUUGAAAGAAUCGCGUGAGACAAAUCGUAUUAACUAUUUUGCUAUGCGUUGCUGGUUGUUCCUCAUGUGCGGACCACUUCUCGUGAAUGGAGUGCCUCGUUUCGACCCGUCUGCUCAAUUUAGAGACAUUUUAGUACCGGCAGACGCUGCCGUAGGUGCCGUAUUUUACAGACUUAGAGCCAGCGAUCUAACCUUUGAUUAUCCUUUGGUGUUUAGUUUGCAAGGACAAUCAAACAACGUCGAAAUUGAAAGUUUGAAUUGUAGCAGAUUCAAUUCGGUAUGUCAAGCGAAUGUUAUAUUAAAAAAACGGUUAGAGGUAGGACGUAUUUACGAUUUUACGGUAGAAGCGAGAAGCCAAAGAGGCGAAUCGGCAUUUUUGAAUUGUUCGUUUCGUGCUACGAACGCUACGACUCCUUUGGAAAAAAUUUUUCCAGGUGCUUUGAGUCUUUUAUCGAUAUCGGAAAGCGCGAGACGGAACACUGAACUAGGAACUAUUCGCGCCAUCGGAAAUUCGUUACUACCCAGAGCGGUGCUACUGGAGUUAUGGGGAUCGCCGGAAUUUAGUCUUCAUCAAAAAUUAUUAAAUGAUAGAGACGCAGAAGGGACGAUUUUGUUAUUAAACUCGUUGGAUUAUGAAAAGAAAACGGUUCAUCAUCUGACAAUGUUAGCAAAUGAUCCUUGGACUAAUGCUGGUGAAGAUAGUAGGAACAUAGCAGGUUGGCCGAUAUUAGUGGCUGUUUUAGACGAACAAGACACUCCCCCUGUAUUUACAUUAGCUCCACCUACGACGACCCUAAGUCCCAAUUUACAACCUGGUGAUUUGGUGCUUCGGGUUCACGCCGAGGAUGGCGAUAGAGGGAAUCCGAGAGAUAUACGGUACGGACUUGUGCCCGAAGAUGAUCCUUUUGUUACGUUUUUCAGUAUUAAUGAGACAACUGGUGAAAUUCGUUUAAUUCGUCCAAUUUCGGAAAUUAUUUCGUUUUCACACGGCGGUCAACCGCUACUAAUGACUGUGAUAGCGGACGAAGUUCGUUCGAAUCCCGAAGAAGGUCCGGCUCAAUCUACGACUGUUCAACUGGCUAUUAUACCGCCUGGAACCGAGGCUGGAAAACCCUCGUUUGGGGCUUUUGAAUAUAACGCGUUAUUAGAUGAAAAUUCUCCACUAGGGACCGUUCUGGAUCUUCCGCAAGCUGAAAUUAAUAUCCAACCAGGCGAUGUUGUCACGCUAGAUUUAUUAAAUAAUAACGGUACUUUCGAUAUAUUCCCAAAAGUUAUAGACGCUAAUUCAAAGUUUGAAAUAACAAUUCGAAAUCCCGAAUAUCUAGAUUACGAAGAAAGACAAUCGGUGGAAUGUUAUAUAAUAGCGAAAGAAGUAGGCGCCGGAAACUAUACGACAAAAGCAAAGUUGACAGUAAUUUUAAAUGACGUCAACGAUAACCCCCCGAAAUUUACCGAAGACAAAUACUAUGCAACCGUUCAGGAACACGUCCGAAUCGAUACUCAAAUAUUAGUAGUCGAAGCCGAUGAUAUCGAUAAAAAAUCGAGAAGUGAAAUUCGAUAUAUCAACCUCACGGGCGAAGGGAGCGAAUUGUUCCGAUUAGAUCGAGAUACGGGGUUGAUAACCGUUGCGGAUUCGGCAAAUUUAGACGCCGAGAUUCGCCCCGUGAUAAAUUUACAAGUAGAAGCCGCUGAUGAAAACGGAAACGGACUCAAAACUCUUAGUAACAUCGAAAUAAAAUUGACAGAUAUCAACGAUAACCCGCCGAUAUUCGUUAAAGAAAUAUACGAAUUUAUUCUAAAUUCGGACAGGACCGGAUUCACCACUCGGGCUAUAAUUAAAGCUACAGAUAACGAUAUUACGUCACCGAAUAACGAAAUACAUUACGAAAUUAUUAAUUUACCGGAAAAUUUGUACGUAGAUGAAAAAUCCGGGGAAAUAUUAGUGACGAAAAGUUAUGAUAUAGAGGAUGUCGUACUAUUAAAAGCGAGAGCUUGGGAUGGAGGAGUACCGAGGUUAUAUAGUGAAAGUGAGGUUAGGAUUUAUCCGCCGGAAGGACAUUCUAGAAAAAUGGUUUUUAUUAUACCGGGUGCUAACCCGGACAAAACGAUCGUGGCGGAUACUUUGAAAGCUUUAACAGGAGGUAAAGUGUCAAUUGACAGAAUAAGACCGUAUACAGGAGACGAACCUGGUGCUACGUACGUCGCCAACGACGAUGAUAGAGAAAGGAGCGUCGUCGAGGCUACGGUGACGUUCUCGAAAGGAUCCGUCAUCGACUUAAACGAAAUCAAUAGAAUAAUCAACGAAAGAAUCGAAGAACGUCGCGUGAAAGAAAAAGAAAUCAUCAGAAUACGAGAAAGUAACGCCGGUAAUUUGACAUGGUUGUUAAUUUUGUUUCUCGUUCUUCUUCUGAUCGCUAUCGUCAUCAUGAUAAUCUGUUGCGUGUGCAGACAGUGCCCUCUGUACAAUUACGCGUUCCAUAAACGUAAAAUUGUUACGCCAGUCGUAGAAAAAAUAGAAAGAGUACACGUUAUAGGUACCGGUGAUGGUAGGGAUAAUAAAUCGGUGCAAGUGGCCGAAUGGUUCGGAAGGAGAGAAGCCUGGACGCCGGAACAACUCGAUGUUGAAGCUGAGUCGUUGAGAAAACAUGAGGUUGACAGAGGCUCCGAUCGAGGCGGUAUGAAAAAGACGGUAAGACAAACCGAUAUUCAACAGGAACCUUCCCGUGAUCCAUUUUAUAUUAGGGAAGGUAACGCAGACAUAUUGAGACUCAUCACCAGAGGGGGGGAACCACAACAUGCAGUAAAUUUGACGAACGGUCAACAAUAUAUGCCAGUCGACAGCGGAAAAGAUAUUCUCAUGAGGAGGUUCAUAGAACAACAACAAAGUGAUAUAAGAUCGCAGGUUAUCUUACCUAAUGCCGUGAGAGCGCAAAGCGAACAAGAGCUGUUGGAAGCAUCUCUGCGUCAACAGAACGCGUUAUUACGUCAAAUACUUUUAGAUCGUGAGAGAGACCUGCGUCUAGAAACUCAAUCACUUCCGGCUGGUACACAAACCGAUCACGACGCCGGAACUCAAACGGAACCGGAAUUAAUGAGACCGCCGAAACGAGAAAUCAGAUCGGACAACGAUCAAAGUGAUUAUAGCGACGAAGAAGACGAAUUGGCCAUAAUUAAAGCGAAAGCUAAGAGACGAAACGGGCGUAAAAUUAACGUUCGGCGAAAAAUCAAAACGCCCAUACAAGAAGAAGUCGAAUCGGAAAUAGAACAUCCCCAUAUACAAACGGAUUUAUACAGAGGGGAACUCCCUCAUAGACAAACAAACAUAUAUAGAGAGAAUAAUUCUCAUAGAGAAAGUGAAUUGUAUAGAGAGACUGAAUUCCACAGACAAUCGGGAGAUAAUGAAGACGGCGAUCGACAUAGACAAACGGAAUCGUAUAGAGGGACUGGAUCACAUAGACAAAGGGAUUCGUAUGUAGAGGUUAAUCCUCAAGGACACACGGAAUCACGUAGAGAAAGCGAUUCUCAUAGACAAAGGGAUUUGCAUAUAGAGGGUGAUCCUCGUAGGCAAACGGAAUCGUAUAGAGGUGAUUCUCAUAGACAAAGGGAUUCGUAUAGAGAAGAUGAUUCUCAUAGACAAAUGGAAUUGUAUGGAGGAAGUGUGAGACGGAAAAAAUCUUCAAAAUCGAAUGGAACUCAUUCUUCAAAAUCGGAAUUGAAGAAAGAGAUAUUGGAAGAGUUGUUGGCUUCGUUAGAACAAAGUUAUGACGACAGCGACAGUGGGGAACGAUAUUAUAAAGGAAAGGAAGAAUCUAGGUACAAGAAAAAACGUUUAUUUUCCGACGACAGUUUGGAGGUUAGUCCUAAAUCGGACGAAAAGACCAGUACGGAUUCCAAUAAUCACAAAUACCAUUCGGAAUCAGAUUUGAGAUUAUUGUCAUCAAAAAAUCGACGAAAAUCUUCCGGUAGCUCGAAUACUACCGCUCAACUCAAAUCUAAAAGUCAGUUCGAUCUGAGUGAAGUUGUCGGGGAGAAAAAAAUUAAAAAAAGUUCGAAACAUGCGACCGGGGGUGCCAGAUAUAUGGAUUGGUACAAAAAACCCCAAAACACCGACAACAAUAAUAAAGAAACUCAAAAAACUAACAAAAAGCAAAAAUCCAGUAGCAAAAAACCCGCAAAAGGUACAAAACCAUCGGUUAGUUCACGUUUAUUACUAGAUACCGAGUCUAGUAGGAAUAAAAAAAUCGAUAAUAAAAAAGAAGCAGUCGGACCGGAUCAUCCGUUAUUACAGCAUUCGGAAUAUAGGUACGAAGCGCCGUAUACGAAGAAACCGGAAGAAGAUAACGAUUCUGGUAUAGCGUUGACCAAACCGCCGAUAACGCAGAAGAAGAGCGUGUUUACAAUAGCUUACGAUGACGUACAUACCAAUCAACUUAGAGCAGACAGUACUACAUCACCUUAAAUACUUACAUAUUAGUAAUAUAUUUUUUUGACACCUUGUUUGAACUUAUUUAUUUAAAUUUUAUCUUAACUUCCAAUAUAACCCGUAUAAACAAUGUGUAUUAGUAACGAGGUCAUUUAGCCGACGCCAUAUUGAAUCGGCGAGAAAAGUGACGUGUAACCAUAGAUAACUUGUAAGUAGGGAAGUUCUGAUUCGUUGAGUAAUAAUUGUGGAUUUAUUAUGUGUUCUAUUCAUAAUAAAUAAGUAUAAACUUUGAAAAUAAGUAAAAUCUAUUUGAAGUAUUUUCAAUAUGGCGCCGAUACACGAAUUUCUAAGCGAAUCGAAUAUCAGGCUUCGUUGCCAGAUUUAUUUUUUAAUUUGGGGUUGAAAUUUGUCAUAAUUUCGUGCCAUUUCGCUAGAUUUAGUUGUUGGUUUAUCAAUCGAAAUGACCUUGAACCGUUGAUAUCUUUUUUAUUUUAUUUCAAAUAUCAACAAGAGUUUUGUAAAGCUUUAUGUUUGCUUAGAAGAUAUCUUUUAAGGACUUUAAUGUUCUGUUUGCUCUAAGCGGUUAUCAAAAUGUAUUUUUAUAUUCAAAUCUAUGUCAUAUUCUGUAAAUAGACGGUUCAAUGAACUCGUUUCUCUAUAUUCAUAUGAAUAAUAUUAUUUGCGA